CGCGCCGGAAGGACCGCCUCCUCCGGGCCAGCACUGGAGGAAGUGCUCGGGUCUCCGGGGGCGGAGGGAGCGGUGCCCGAGGUCGCCAUGGCUACCGAGCCGGUGGCCGUGGAGUCCGCGGUGCCUUCACUUGUGGAUCGUUACUUCACUCGCUGGUACAAAGCGGAUGUCAAAGGAAAACCCUGUGAGGACCACUGUAUACUACAGCACUCCAACCGAAUAUGUGUCAUCACAUUGGCAGAAUCUCAUCCAGUUCUUCAAAGUGGAAAAACAAUUAAAAGCAUUUCCUAUCAAAUCAGUACCAACUGUAGCAGACUUCAGAACAAGGUUUCUGGGAAAUUUAAACGGGGAGCACAGUUUCUAACAGAACUUGCACCUCUGUGUAAGAUUUCCUGCUCUGAUGGGGAAGAAUAUACUAUAUCUAGCUGUGUUCGAGGACGGCUGAUGGAAGUGAAUGAAAAUAUUCUCCAUAAGCCUUCUAUUCUUCAAGAGAAGCCAUCCACUGAAGGUUACAUUGCAGUUGUGUUGCCCAAAUUUGAAGAAAGUAAAAGCAUAACAGAAGGGUUACUGACACAAAAACAGUAUGAAGAAGUUGUGGUAAAACGCAGUAAUGCCGCAACAGCCACACCGUGAGGACUGAGAUGGCAUAAAAAGCAAUGCGGCACUCGAUCCGUGCACUGAAGAAGUACCACCGUAUGGCAGGAGCAUCCUCCGCAGCCAGCCUUCUGCAGGGAAGCCUGUUGUUUUCCCCCUUUCUCUUGCAAGACAAGCCUUGGUUUGUCUUUAGCUUCUCAGAUCUGCCCAGCCAUGGACCCAGCCUGCUCCUCUUUUGCUUUUCUCUUUCUAAAAACUGACAAGCAACAUUUCUGAUUAAAAACAAGCAGAGCAUUUUGGGGAAAAUUUGGAAAAGAAGACACAAGUUUUAAAGUAACAAGUAUAAAUAAUCUACCCAUCCUGUAACUCAUUAGUAAAUACUACAUUUUGACAUACUUCUGUUUGAAUGUUAUGGCAUGGUUAAUUGUUUUUGCUCAAACUUCCAUCAGUUUGAUGGUAAAGGAAACAACAGCUGACCUUUCUUACCCAGUGUGCUUCACUGUGACUCUAAGUCUAGUCCCACCCCUUCUGCCCCCAGUCCUCUCCAGGCUGUAGUAAGAGCCUGUGUAUAGAUGUACCUUCUCUAGUCCUUAUGCCACAGGAUGGCCUUCCUCUCUGAGGCAAAGCGGAACUCUGACACUGUGGCUUCUAUGAGGGACAACAUGAAAAGGCUUUGAAAAAUACAAAGGGCUUUCCUAAUUUAUGGAAGCAUUAUAAUACAGUACAUACAUUAAUAGUAAUACAGUAACAGUCUCACACUAGCUACCGGGUAACAAGAAAGGAGAAAUUACUGUAAUUCAAAGACAGGCCUUUGAAUAGAACAAAAGCUUUCACAUUUGAACUAAAAAACAAAACUGAAUUUAUGUUUUAAGACUGUAUACUUAUUUAUACUUAAUUUUAAAUAAAAGACUUUAAAAAUGUUA